UGCUCUUGGUAAGGGGCGGAGUCCGAGCUACGGCGGGCGUUGGGAGGUACGAGGAAGCCGGAAUUGUUAGGUUCGUUUUCAGCCCGCCUCUCCAUGGCCCAGGCAUCCCGCUCUGGUGGCCUUCUGCCCCCUCUGUGGGCGCAACCCGGGGGCGCUGGGGAGGGGCAAUGGGAGGGAAGGCGGGCGGGCGCUCUCCGCGGGGAGGGUCGUGGCCUACAGGGGCAACCGAUUGCCGGGAGCAUCCCCUGCCCGGACCUCCGGCCCGGCGGAGCUCCGAGAGGACCACCGUGGUGGCCCGCGUUGGCACACGCGGGCGAAGACAACGAGGCUGGCCCGGCGAGUUGGAAGCGGGAGCCUGCAGCAGGCACCCCGAUCCCUCCAGCGCUGCAGCGUCUCCGUCGGGUGAUGCUGCGGCUGCUCCGCGAGCGGGAGCAGCUUCUUCAGGCCAGGGACUGCGCCCGCCACCUACAGGCGGUCGUGCGCCUCCUGAAGACCCUGAGCCCCAGCACGUCCACCCACGGUCCUGGCCCCUUGUCCCAGCUGUGCCGCGACCUGCAGCUGCACCCUUCCCGAGAGGCGGUUGUGCGAAUCCGCCAGCGGGACUCUCUCGAACCGCUACUUCUAGCGCGGCCCAUCGGACUAGCGGCCCAACGUCUGGAUGCUGCCAUCAAGAUGCAGCUUCGAGCUCUGGGUCGGGCUCCCGCCACUCUGACUCUGACAUCCCAACUCGCCGAGCUGCUGCUGCUGCUUCCUGUCUACCACAGGCUGCAGGGAAAAGCCAUGAGCCAAAUUCCAGGAGCAGCGCGCCCUUUCCCCUCGGCCAGUGUGCUUUGUCUUCUAACCGAGGAGCGAGGUUGCCAGAUGGCAAGUCGGCUAGAUGAGGCACUCAGGGGACUGUGCUUGCGGGACCAGCUCCGCAGGCACUGCCAGGAGGAGCGGGAGCUGCUACCAGGGUUACUGGUUAUAGUAGGGGGCGUGACCGGUUCAGUCAGCAGUGGGCUGGGGCUUGGAGGAGCUGGAGCCCUUUGGAACCAAUAUUGGACGCUUCUUUGGGCAGCCUGCGCACAGAGUCUGGACCUAAAUCUAGGACCCUGGAGGGAACACAGGGCAGUGGCACAACAGCUGAGUGAGGCACUGGUUCAGGCAUCCCUGCCUCAGGAGUGUGUGAAGGAGCUGGCUUCUUUGUGCCACAACCUACUUCAUCAGUCUCAUAUCUGGAGCUGGGAUCAAGGUUUCUGCCAGGCCUUGGCAUCUGCAGCCCUUGGGGAUCAGAGCAGCCCUGCCUCGACCUCUCAUACUGCUGAACUGUUGCGACAGCUUUUUCCUCCACUCUUAGACACCAUCCAAGAAUGUAGGUCAGGAUUGAUCCUCUGUCAGCCUCCAGGCCCAGCACCUAUUGCCCUAGGGCUCUGUACUCUGCAGAUCACCUUGCUCUGGUUCUUGGGCAGAACUCAGCAACACCUGGCAGCAUGGGCCCCAGAUUCCUUCCUGCUCCUGAUCCAAAAUCACUUACCUCCUCUAUUGCAUGAGGCAGAAGCUUUAUCCAGAUUGACUUCAGAGGAAAGCUUAACUCUGGCAGUGGAGCAGCAGCUAGGCCUGGAGAUCCAGAAGCUGACUGCACAGAUGCAGCUCCUGCCUGAAGAGUCACUAAGUCUUUUUUUCCAAGAAUGUCAUAAACAAGCCACACAGGGCUUCAAGCUUUACAUGCCACAGGGUCGGUACUGGAGGCUUCAUCUCUGUCCUGGACUUCCCCGAGUUCCUAGUGAGUAUGCUGGGUUGGUGGUUCGAACCGUACUGGAGCCUGUGUUGAAAGGAGUACAGGGAUUGCCACCUCAAGCCCAGGCCCUCGGCCUCAGUCAGGCGCUGACAGCCAUCCUGGGUGCCUGGCUGGACCACAUCCUUACCCAUGGGAUCCGGUUCAGCCUGCAGGGGGCGCUGCAGCUCAGACAAGACUUCGGAGUGGUCAGGGAGUUGCUGGAAGAAGAGCAGUGGGAUCUGUCACCAGAGCUUCGCCAUACUCUGCUCAUGCUCAGCAUUUUCCAGCAGCUAGAUGGGGCCUUGCUGUGUCUAUUGCAGCAGCCCCUGCCUAAGACUCGAGUCCACAGGAGGUCUCCUUGUUGCUGUGUUUGUAAUGAAGUCCAGACCACAGGAUUGGCCAGCAGCAGCCUCAACAGCCUGGAGAACUUGGAGCCCCCUCUACUGCCUGGAGUACCCCCAUCCCAGACAAUGCCCUUGCAAAGCACCCCGGGAAGUGGAAGACCUAGCCUUGAGGCUUAUCUAGUAGAAAAUCAGCAGGCCUGGCUUGCCCUUAGGCAGCACCAGCACCCUCGUUGGCACCUGCCUUUUCUUUCCUGCCUGGGGAUCAGUCCUGAAUCCUAAGGAGCCGAGGACCAGGAGCUCCUCAUCUCUGAUCGGAAAACCGUG